CUUCAAGAUAAUGCUCUGGUUGGACCGUGACUGAAUCCUGCUCAUCAUUGCGGUCACUUUGACCCCCUCCUCAUCAGGUGGUAGAUGGUAGGGCAAGCAUGGGGUGAUCGAUCUAUAAAUACGCUGCAAUACCUCGCGCGGGGAACUUGACUUCCCAACACAACCCGCGUUCAUUACUUCAUCUCUAUCAUCUACACUACUUGUACAGUACAACUCAGACCGAACUAUGGGCUCAGCACCUGCCUCCACCCUUCCCAAGGAUUUCCUCUGGGGCUUUGCCACAGCCAGCUACCAGAUCGAAGGCGCCGUCACCGAGGACGGCCGCGGCCCGUCCAUCUGGGACACCUUCUGCAAGCUCCCCGGCAAGAUCGCCGACGGCUCCAGCGGCGAGGUGGCGUGUGACUCGUACCACCGGGGGGACGAGGACAUUGCAUUGUUGCAGCAAUGCGGGGCGAAAGCGUAUCGAUUUUCGAUUUCAUGGUCCCGCAUCAUCCCCCUCGGCGGCCGCAAUGACCCCAUCAACCAGAAAGGCCUCGACCACUACAUCCGGUUCCUUGACGCCCUGCACGCCGCCAAUAUCACCCCGCUCGUCACCCUCUACCACUGGGACCUACCCGACGCACUCGAGCAGCGGUACGGCGGGCUGCGCAAUAAAGACGAGUUCGUGGCGGACUUCACGCACUACGCGCGCACGCUGUUCGCCGCGUUUGGCUCCCGCGUGAAACACUGGAUCACCUUCAACGAGCCCUGGUGCAGCGCGGUGCUGGGGUACAACGUCGGGCAGUUUGCGCCGGGCCGCACGAGCGACCGGUCCAAGAGUGCGGUGGGGGAUGGGUCGCGCGAGCCGUGGAUCGUGGGACAUAAUCUGUUGGUGGCGCAUGGGGCAGCGGUGAAGGUCUAUCGGGAGGAGUUUAAGGGGAGGGAUGGGGGGGAGAUUGGGAUUACGUUGAAUGGCGACUGGGCCGAACCCUGGGACCCCUCCUCCCCCGCCGACAUCGAAGCCUGCACGCGCAAGAUCGAAUUCGCCAUCUCCUGGUUCGCCGACCCCAUCUACCACGGCAAGUACCCGGACAGCAUGGUGCAGCAGCUCGGCGACCGGCUCCCGCGCUGGACGCCCGAGGAGCUGGCGCUCGUGCACGGCAGCAACGACUUCUACGGGAUGAACCACUACUGCGCCAACUACAUCAAGGCCAAGACGGGGGAGCCCGACCCCACCGACACCGCCGGCAACCUGGAAAUCCUGCUGCAGAACAAAGCCGGCGAGUGGAUCGGCCCGGAGACCCAGUCGGCGUGGCUCCGGCCCUGUGCGGCUGGGUUCCGGAAGCUGCUGAAGUGGCUGAGUGACCGCUACGGCCGGCCGAAGAUCUAUGUGACGGAGAACGGGACCAGCCUGAAGGGGGAGAAUGAUUUGCCGGUGGAGGAGCUGCUGCGGGAUGAGUUUCGCGUGCAGUAUUUCCGGGACUAUAUUGCCGCGAUGGCGGAUGCGUAUACGUUGGAUGGGGUGGAUGUACGGGCGUAUAUGGCGUGGAGUUUGAUGGAUAACUUCGAGUGGGCGGAGGGGUACGAGACUCGCUUCGGGGUCACGUAUGUGGAUUAUGAGAAUGGGCAGAAGCGAAUUCCUAAGGAGAGUGCUAAGCAGAUUGGGAAGAUCUUUGAGCAGUAUAUCGGGAAGGAGUGAUUGCCUUUUUCGUUGACUACUGAACUGAAUCGUUGACUCUCUGGCUGGUUGUACAUGUGUAGAUAAAGCAUUAUGUGGGAGUGUCAAUUCCGAUGAUCAAGACUGAAGAUUGAUGCUAAG